AUGGAUGAAACCAAUAGCAAAGCAUUGUCACAGUUCAGAAGAGUGAACGAUUUAUAUAAACAUGUACAGGAUACUCAGAAGAAUGUUGCCCUGUUCCAUCUGGGACAUUGGGUCAAGUUAAAGGUGGGCGGAGUGCCAUUCAUCGUGAGAAGGAGGACUUUGAAUUGGUACCCAGGCAGCGUAUUCAGUAGUAUCGCAAUCUAUGACAAGAAUACGACAAAGAGAUUGACAGAGUUCAUUGCCAAUCCAUUCUUGCUCAACUCUCGUCUACUCGAGUCAACGACGAAUGACGACCCCCAUAUCGCCAUCACUCCAGCGAGCACAGACUCUGAAUGUACGAUGGGCUACAACGCAUUGCCAAUCAUACAACAACAACAACAGCAACAGAUACAUGGUGGAUCGUAUACGACCACGACACCAGGUAAAGAGAUCGCAACCAUACCAACCAAACCAUCAUUCAAGUUUGAGAAAGAUCCCGAUGGCUACUAUCUUAUUGACCGCGACUCCCAACUAUUUGCCAUCAUACUUAACUACCUACGAUCGGGCGAAGUGGGCACAUUGCCCAGCACCGUAGACAUCAACAUGUUAUUACUGGAUGCCCAGUUCUACCGACUCUACGACUUGGAAACAAAGUUAUCCAAGAGAAUACUAUCAACUAGAAGAGAGGACGAGAGGAUAUUCGUCUUGAACUCAGAGUUGAAUGAGAUGGAGACACCGCCGUUCUUCAUCAUCGAUAUAAAGUGGGUGAGGAGUUGGAAGAUGUUCAUCGAGGAGGAAGGCCCCAUCCCCGAGCCAAUCAACAACACUCACCUGCUCAAACAUGACGGAUCCCUAAGAGAUGGUCUGGUGCAUAAGGUCGACUACAUCUGUGUAACCAAGCCCACCUGGCUAAUGAUCACCAAGCACUAUCCAAAGAGUGGACCCAUAAUAUCGCGACCAACAAAGAACAUCUAUGAUACACCAACUCAAUGUUCAAUAUGGGACAUCAAAUAA